CUAAUCCUGUUCCUUCCGGUGAUUUUAUCUCGUUCUGGCGCAAACUUUCGUUUGCUCGUCCCAAAUGAACAGGGUUUCAACGCUUCCGAUCUCCUUCUUUUUUAUCGCAUGUUUCUUUACUUGUCUCAGCGUGCAAUGCCAGAAAAACCCCUCGAACACUUUAGUCGAAUAUGAGCUGGAUUUGGGUCAAACAGUGGCUCAGCACUAUAUACAUAUUGACGUCCUCAACGGGAAAAAAGAAAAAUUAGAAGUCUACAACAUUUCUAUGCAAGAUCAAAUGCAUAAAAAUGUAUGCAAUUUUUCGGUGGAGUCUAAUGGCCAGUUUUUGGAGUACAAAACCAACCCGAAACACGUUAAAAAGAAUGACAAAAUCAUCAAAGACGUUUAUAUGUAUUCCAUCAUCCUAGACCCGCCACUAGAGCAGGACCAGUCAACGUCUCUUAUAGUCAAAAUGCUCACCCGCAAGUCCAUUACACCGGUCCAAUCUUCUAUUCCUCAAACCAGCCACAGUUUCCUCGUCCAACACAAUGGAUCUUCCACUCUUUUUUCGCCAUACAAGACGGAGAUUCUUAACAUGCGCAUUCAUCUGAAAGGCAAACUGGAGGAAAUCAACGCUUCCGUGCCAUACCAGUUUGACUCCCAGAGUUUUACUGUAACACUAGAUACUCAGUACAAGUUGAGCUCUUUCACACAAACUAAUUUGUCCCUCAAAUUUUGGAGCAACCACUCAUUGGUAUCUUUCUCGCAUUUGGAGAGGACGGUCAAAGUCUCUCACUGGAUCAACACUGUCAUCAAUAACACCGUCUCUAUAGAAAAUCUAACGCCUAAGAUCAAAGGCGCGUUCUCGCGUCUCCGACAAGAAUCAGACCCAUUCGGGGGACUACCGAUAUUGGACGUUCAGCAAUUGGCCGAUCACGCUAUUAAUCCCAAGUAUGGAGACGUCCUGGGAAAAAUUCAUUCGUUCGUCCACGAAGAGGACCGGCUAAUGCUCGUAAUGAGAUAUCCACUGUUCGGCGGAUGGAAAACCAUGUUUUACACAUCUUACGACUCGCCCUUAAAUGAAAUCGCAUCAAUCAGCGGCUCUUGGCCCAUCAAGGUAACUCUCAAAUUGAAGUUCAUUCCUGUGUACUAUCCAGUAGCCCAAAUCAAUAAAGCGGUCAUGAACGUCGUGCUUCCGAAAGGCGCAUUCAACGUGAACGUUGCACCCAGUUGCCAUCCAGAAAAUUAUGUAGUCACCUACGAAACCCGAAAACAAAUGUUUUCACAAAUGUGGAUCGCUGUCAUCAAGAGAACGCCGUUAUCUACUUAUUCGUCAGAUGAAGAAAUCACCAUCACCUACGACUACCCCCCUUGGUUCAUACUUCAAACACCUUUGUUAUAUGCUGCAAUUUAUUAUGUCCUGUGCUCAAUUUUGAUGAUUGUGCGCCAUCUUUUUUCGCCCAGUCCAGACUCGCCCAGCAAGGAAAAGACCAAAUAAAACUCGGUAGAAAAACAGUGUACCUCAGGGAAAAGAAUGUGCAUUUCAAAAACAGAAAUCGCGGUAUAAACGCUCUACGAACAAGCUUUGUAGACGAAAGAGAUUUUUUUUCAGCUCUGAUCCCCAAGGUUAAAUUCCCCAAAUGAACAUUCCGUAAUCAGGGAAAAGAAAGUUUGUGCUAAAAAUUCGACUACGGUUUAUUGUUGAUUCAAAUUCGCUUCGAAUAUAACAGGUAUUCAUUUUUCAAAUUCUACACUUCCCUUCUAGACUCAAGUGAGAAGCGUUCAG